UAAAAAUAACAUAAAUGAGUAAUGACUUACGUUUAUAAGCUAAAACGCGUAUCUACAUUUUAUCACAAAUACCUACCCACAGCUCGUUAACGAUAUGCAUUUAAAAACGUAACAAAUGUUGCAACUGAAUCGAAAACGUGCUCGAUUAAACUUUGUAAUAAUAAUAUUAUGAAUUAUCACGUUUUAUUCAAGAUUACAACCAUGGAUUUUAAAUCGUUCCGCAUUAAAAGAUAGUAAAGUAUAUAUUUUUUCACCAAGUCAUUGCUGUAGUCUAAUGAGCAAAGAUAAACCCUUAGGAAAACCCUCUUCUACUUACCAGUGAGCUCUAAACAUUCGUCAGUUCGUCAAUGCAAAACUGGAACCUCUAUUACUAGGUACCUACAUAUAAGGUACUACAUCUGUGCGGUUCGUAAUUAAAGUAAAAAUAAUGCUGAUUUAUAUGUUUAUGUUGGUUUUCAUUGACGCAAGCAAAGUUUUACCUGACUAUAAUGAUAGUGUUUUGUAUUUUGCUUACGGUAGCAACCUUUACAAAAGAAGAAUGCAAAUAAAUGUUCCAUCCGCUGUAUUUAUUGGUCCGGCUGUGUUAAAGGACUACAGACUAGAUUUUAAUAAAUAUUCUUCAAACUGGCGAGGAGCAGCAGCGACUAUUGUGGAAGACCCUGGCAAUGCUGUUUGGAGUAUGAAUCCUGGGGAAAUUCUCAAAUUGGAUAAGUAG